UGCUGCCGCUGCCCCAGCGCGGUGCGUCAAAAUUAGCAGGGCCUGUCCACAGUUCACGCUUCCCUAGACUAUUUCUCUUAUCCCUCUCUCUCCUACCCUAUUACCCCCUAAGCCAUUUUCGUUAACCUUGCCCAAGAACACGCGACAAAAUCCAAAGAGAGAGAGGAGAAGAUCGGCUGCCAUGGACUUCGACGAGCACGAUGAUGACGAGGAGAUGGCGCCCAUGCCGGUGAGCUCGAGCUACGAGGUGCCGGUCCAGCUGGGCGGUGGCGGGGUGCCCAAGCCUGGUGGUGACUCUGGAGGAGGAGGCCGCUCAGCCGGGAGCGGAGCCGUUGGAGGCGCAGGCGGUGUCAGGUACCGGGAGUGCCUCAAGAACCACGCCGUGGGCAUCGGCGGGCAUGCGGUGGACGGCUGCGGCGAGUUCAUGGCGGCGGGCGAGGAGGGCUCCAUCGACGCGCUCCGCUGCGCCGCCUGCGGCUGCCACCGCAACUUCCACCGCAAGGAGUCCGACUCCCCGACCAACGCCGACGCCGCCGGCACCGUCUCCUCGACCGCCAUCACAGCCUACGGCGCGCUGCCACCGCCGCACCACCAGUUCUCCCCCUACUACCGCACCCCGGCCGGGUACCUCCAGCACCAGCAGCACCACCAGAUGGCCACGGCGGCCGCGGUAGCCGCCGCCGGGCACUCGCACCGCCCGCUGGCUCUCCCCUCCACCUCCUACUCCGAGGCGGACGACGUGUCCGGGAUGCUGAGCCCCAUGGUGAUGGGCUCCAUGCUGGGCAUGCCCUUCGGCUCCGCCGGCCCGUCCGGCUCCGGGUCAGGCUCCGGCAAGAAGCGCUUCCGCACCAGGUUCUCGCAGGAGCAGAAGGACAAGAUGCAGGCCUUCGCGGAGCGGCUCGGGUGGCGCAUCCAGAAGCACGACGAGGCCGCCGUGCAGCAGUUCUGCGAGGAGGUCGGCGUCAAGCGCCACGUGCUCAAGGUCUGGAUGCACAACAACAAGCACACCCUCGGCAAGAAGCCCUGACGCUCGCUGCACCGCUCUAGGCUCUAGCUGGUAGGUACCCGCCCGCGUCAUCAACCUUUCGUGUAAGCGGCAGGCGCCUUGUUUAGCUGACGACGAGUACGUAGGUUCGUAGCGACUAGCUUGCGCAAGCAGUACGUAGUUCUUGCUGCUUCUUAAUUAGAAGACGAAGGGUGGGCCGCAUGGUGGACUCUUGUUUCUUCCAUUAUCUUAUUUCAUCGUGGUUCUUUGGCUCUGCGUCGCCAUUGUUGUUCCCCCCUAGCUAGCGCAGUAGAUGUGACGACAAUGACGUUGGUGUUGGGAAGGAGGACGGAGUGCGUGGGCAUUUGCCGAUUUGGAUCUUGGAAAUGCUGCACCUUUGUGUUUGUAA